ACAGAUACAAAAACGUAAUUCAUUGCCAGCGAAAAGUUCGUCUACGUGCGGCAGAGUUUGUUAAUUGAAAAUAUACCCACAAAACGUUUUCAGAACCGACUGAAAAUAGUUACAAUCUGUUCCGGAUAGUACCCGGUGUUGGAAAAACCAUUAGUUAGCGGUAUAAAUAUGUGCGAUGUUCCGAUAAACUUGAACAGAAAUUUUUUUCACACGAUGCGCUAGUCAUUUGGCUUCCUUCGCUAGUGGAAGAGACGUGCGAGAUAGCAAAAUAUACCGUGAGUAAGUGAGUGAGCGUGUGAGAGUGAGGUUGAUUGAUCAACGCGAACUCGGCUUGUUUUGACGGAUGAUAACAGAGUCCGAAUGAAAUUAGACUUUGAAGAUGGCGGAAAGGUACACGCAUCAGUUGCUGAAGGUGGUGGUUGCCCAGGUAUGUCAGACAAUUGGCUGGCACUCGAUCCAAACGACGCCGCUGGAAUUAAUGAUGGAUAUCUUGGAUCAGUAUAUGCGGGACAUAACCCGGUUGACCCAUCGCUACGCUGAACUUUAUAAUCGAACCGAUCCGAAUCUGGAUGAUGUUGCGUUGGCCUAUCGGGAGAUGGGUAUCAAUCUUGGGGAUUUGCAGGAGUAUCUGCAGUUUGUGGAUCCGAUUACUCGGCCGUUUGAGGUGCCGAAGUAUCCACUGCCGAAAGAUAGUCACUUGAAUUUUCUAAAGCCUGGCAGCAAGGAGGUACUGUCCCGACCGGUGCACAUACCCGAGCAUAUGCCUCCGAUGUUGGUCGAUUCGGAGGAGGAACUCGAAGAGGCAAACCGACGCCAGAUGAGGCAGGCGCAGCUUUUGGAGGGAGAAGAGGCGCAGCAGGCUGUCACCUCGGUGCCGUCCGAAGAUGUGAAACCCGAAAUGGGUGAUUUUGUUGAAAAAUUUGAAGAAGUAGCGGCCGAAGAAAUAACGAUUAUGGAAACAAGUCAAAAUCAGGAGGAAUUAACCUUUAAACGUCCGCCCGAGUUUGGUGUUGAAGGGUUGACUGGUGAAGCGGUGCGGAAACCCCGACCUCUUACAGAGGAAGGUCGACCGACAAGGGAAAUAAGCAGUGUGAUUAUGACGACUUCGGGGUUUAUUUCCCCGGCUCGAGAAGGAAAGCUACCGGAUUCCAAAGUUCCGGAAAUUCCGGAGGAAAAACCAAAACCGCCACCUCCCCCGCCUCCAGUUCCGGUUGCUCUGCCGAUAGCGAAAAUGGAUGAUAAAUUUUCGAAAAAAGCUAAAAAGAAGCCUUUGGAAAAGGAAAAAAAGAAAGAUAAAAAAGUUGAGAAAAAGAAAGACGGAAGUGAAAAAGAGGCUGCUAGUAGACCGGUAACUCCAGCCGCUAAUGUGAUCGAAGCUCCCCCUCCGAAUCGUGAGGCAGAGGAUGUAAAGCCUGUUUUGACAGCACCGGAACAUACACCGAAAACUCCGACGCCGUUGCCGGACGUUAAACCACCGGAAAUACAGCUGCCUCCUUCGGAGUCCGAGAAGGUUUCUAUACCAGUAGCAGCAGUAAAGCCGUUCGAAAAGGUAAAAAAGGAGAAAGUGCCCCGCAAGAAAAGGCAACCUGCACAGGCAAAACUUAAACAAACGACUCCCCCUACCAUGGUAUUAAAUCCUGCUGCUAUGGACAUUGGAAGCUUGUUUCCAUCACCGCACUCCAUGCAAGGACAACUUUCUCCACUGUCUAAUCAAAUUACCCCUCCAAAACUCCCGAAGCCCAAGCGUACAAAGGUUACUAAGAAACAGGCACAGCAACAAUACCUAGAACAGAUGCAACAAUUUCCGGCACCUCUCAACGCUCAGAGUAUUCUUGAAAUGUUCUCCCCGUCCCCAGGAAAGAAACCACUCCCAGGAAUGUUUCAACCAUCGCUUUUUGCAUCGCCACAGCAACAACUGCAACAGAUGACUCCUCAGAAACAAACAUUUCCGGAUAAUUCUGCCCAGACUCAGUUGGACAUUCUGCAGAAGCUGCAUCCCAGCUUAGAGAUAACUCCAUCUCCGGGUCCUUCGUCGACCGCUGGCGGACCCGUUUUGCAAAACACUUCCCCGGAGAAACAUAAGCUGAACAUAUUCAAGAAGGUGGCCAAAAAGGAUACCUCCCCCGGAGCUCCACCCGUCACAAAUCAAGGUCCCAUCAUUAUAAUCGACGAUGAUAAAAGCCCUCCCCACCAACCGCAAUUUCCAGUAACGCCGAUGAACAAGAAAAGGCUCCCGAAAUCGACUGCUGGAAACUUCCCUUUCCAGGAUACUCUCUCUUCGCCGGAUUUGCCGUUUAACAUCAGCAUGAACUCUGCGGAACAUUCCGGUAUCGGGCUAAUGUCCUCGUUUUCACGAGAAUUUUCGCCCCCGAAAACCCCGUCCAACAUGCCGAAAACGCCAGACAUCAAGCUGCAGUCCAGUUCCAGUUCUAGUGCAUCAUGGAUGAGUGAUUCCGGCAAACUAUCCGCAGGCCCCGGACAGCUGUUCGGUGAUUUUUCAAAUUUUGGCCUGCCCGCUCCUGUAAAGGAAGAGAAAAAGAAACGGCAGCGACAAAAACAGCCUCGCGCCACAAACCCGAAAAAGGCUAAAAACGCUCAGUUGUUGAAUGAACUAAGCUUACUGCAGCAGUUUCAACAACAACAGCAACAUCAGCAACCUCCCGUGUCGGCUGCUGGCAUUGAUAAGAAACCUCUGCAUGAUGCAGUUUCUUCAUACACAAAACUACUGAACCAAGCAAUGCCAUCGGGUCUGCUGUCGUCACAGGUUCGUAAUCCCAUGUUCGGUAUGUUCCCGCUUCCAUCGGGACCCGGUUUGAUUCCCGAAAACCCGCUAUUUAAUCCAUUCCCCGGUCAACCGUCUUUCUUCCCGACGGGACCGUUCGGAAUGCCUGCAAUACCGCCCCGUUUCGAUAUUGGAAAUCUACUGCGUUACCCACGCCCACCUAAGCCCCAGACAACAGCGGACAUCUACGACAAUCUGGACCCGGAAACAAAACUUGCCCACACGCCACUGGAUUUGCAGAAAAGCACCUGCAAUGUUGCACCACUCGUGCCGCCAUCGCUUCAAAUCGAACCAAUUACUUCUCUUAGUUCCAAACCAAAUCCAAGUCGGCGACAAAUGCCUAAGGAUCGACCUUCUCCCAUCCAACAUCAGCCUCCGCCGCCGCCUCAGGAGCAUUCUCUGAACCUGUCCACAAAAACCACCAACAUCUGUAAUCCCAUGCCGGCUCAAUCAGUCAUCCAGAAAUUUCCAAUGUCCAAAUCCAUUGUCCCGCCGACCGUUCCAGUUUCCGCUCCGGCAGUACCACAUAUGCUUGGAUCAAAAAUGCUUGAUUCUAAUCUUCCGGGUAUUCCACCAACAACCAUCAUACCAGCGGAACCAAUGCAGCACUCACUGCCCCCAACGGUAAUAACACCUGCUUUGAAUCAACCGUUGGCCACAGUAGCACCAGCAACAGCAUCUGUAGCACCGAUUGCGCUAGGCGAAACGAUUGUUAUCGGUUCCGAUUCGGACACCAACAGUCAAUCAACCGUCACGAUGGCCGCGAUGGGUGCCGGCUCGGGGACCGACAUCGGCAACAAGAAGGACAAAUCAGAAAAACGUAAAAACAAGGAACACAAAAAGGACAAAAGGUUAAAAGAGGGCAAGAUCAAGAAAAAGAAGGACAAAAAGGAUAAAAACAAGAACCGUGAUCGCGAUCGGGAGAGGCCAAAAUCUUCCCAUUCAUUACACUCGGAUGUACCGAUGACCGAUUCUGCACCGGUUGACACCAGUAGUGUACCGUCCGACGAACCAGGUCUGCAGGAACAACUCCGUAGGAAGGAGAAAAAAGAGAAAAAGAAGGAAAAGCUCAAAAAGGAAAAACGAAAAGCAAAGGAAAGGGUUUCUGCGGCCGCCGCCCUGGAAGGAACCGGGGGCUAUCGUAGUGCAACACUCGACACUCUAGCGGGGGCUUCCUCUAUUCCGGUGGGAACCGCGACUAUGGUCAGCAGCUUGGAACCCCGUGACCACGGGGACGGUGCUGUUCCCAAACUGAUGCUCAAAUUAGGCUCCAGUGCCAAUCCGUCUCCGCGGUCCAACACACCGGACGUCCCCUCGAUGGAUCUGGGCGGUUCGAUGAAAGAGGAAAAAUUAGAGGUCAAACGCGAAGCAUCUCCGGAAUUAGCACGCAUAUCGGCUCUGGUUACACGGCCUCCAAAAUCCAAAACACCCGGUCCCAAGAGUAAGAUCAAGGAAGAAGAAGGCACCAAGCUAACCAAAUCGCUUGACCAUUCCAGUAAGAUGGGGGGGAUGGCUGAGGUAGCUACUGUUAAACCGAGACCUCGAGGCAUUCAACCGUUGCCCGAUUCGAUCGAUUUGUUUUCCGUUACACCAAGUCAUAAUCUUUCAACCGGCCCUGGCUUCAAAUCGGCACAGUCACACUCGAUGUCGUCCACCUUAGGAUCAGUAGGUGGGGAUUCUACGCCACAUUCAUCAAGAAAGCUAACGAAAGAAUCAAAAUCAUCGUCCAAAUCGCAUAGCCACAGUAGUAGUGGCGGGGCCAGCAGCAGCAGCAGUCUUUCCGUUAGCUUAGGCGUAACGAUGCCCACGCCACUGAGUGCUCCUGUUAACGUAAAGGAUGCCGACGGGAAUGUGGUAUGGAUUUGCCCGGCAUGCGGCCGCGUCGACGACGGAACGCCAAUGAUUGGUUGUGACGGUUGCGACGCCUGGUACCACUGGGUGUGCGUUGGUAUUCAAGUCCCGCCCGAUUCCAACGAGGACUGGUACUGUCGGGUUUGCAUUGGCAAGAAGCAGGAAUCGCACGGUGAUGAAAAGCAGCGAAAACGAAAGAAGAAAGACAAGAAAAAUCCUAAGGAUUGAACAGCUGAUAUAUUUUGCACGUAUCAAUGUAACCGCAUUCAUAAUGUUGAUGUUGAUGUCUGGAGUUAUACUAGAACAAAAUAUUCAAUGUAAAGUCCACCUAAAGCUUACAGUUUGGGUGCUGUUUCGAAAAAUAAACCUGAUGUGAGUAUCAACCGGGUUGUAAUGGUUUUGAUAGUGUAAGGCUAAGUUAAAUGUUGAACAACAGUUUACUAUUUCUCUUUCAAUCUUGCAGUAGAACAUUUAAAACUGUAGCUGUAUUUCUCAACUAGGGUUUCAAAUAAAAACAAAUAUUUAUAA